AUGACCACCCAACCCAGCGAAAAAAAGGUCUCUCGAGGUCCACCAAAUGACGACGUGGAGCAACCAGACACCGAAGUCCAGCCUGGUGAGAUCAAGCAUGGAGGCACAGGAGACGUUGACCCAGCCCUACAGUUUCUGGCUGCAGCAGCGAUCGAAUAUACGCCCGAAGAGUCCCGCACAGUGUUGUCCAAAAUCGAUCGAGUUCUGAUGCCUUUGCUGUGCUGGGUCUAUCUGAUCCAAUUUGCCGAUAAAACGUCUUUGAACUAUGCCUCCCUGAUGGGGAUCCGCGAGCACACGCACUUGGACCCCAACUCGCAGCAAUACAGCUGGGUGUCGAGCAUUUUCUACGCUGGAUACAUCUUUUGGGAGUAUGUACCCUGGCACGCCUUCCUCCGGAAAUAUACCUCUUUCAAUAUUCUGAUCUGGGGUGUCGUGCUCCUCUGUCACGUCGCGACCAACAGUUACGCCGGCCUGCUUUGCGUCCGCUUUUUCCUCGGCGCGUUCGAGGCGACAGUCACUCCGGCCUUCGUGCUGUUCACCUCCUGCUGGUACAAGCAAGAUGAACAGGCCAAGCGCAUGGGCUUCUGGCUUGCGUGCAACGGCUUCGCCCAGAUCCUGAUUGCGGCAAUCGCGUAUGGACUGUCGGGGGUGCAGACGGCUUCCAUUGCGGUGUGGAAGAUUCUCUUCCUCGUGCUGGGCCUCCCUACCAUUCUUACCGGCGCACUAUAUUUUUGGUUUAUCCCCGACGAUCAGAUCCACGCCAGAUUCCUGAGCCAUCGUGAGAAGCUCAUUGCUGUGGAUCGCAUCCGGGGCAAUUUCCAAGGCAUCGGUAGCCAUACUUGGAAAUGGGCCCACUUCUUCGAAGCCUUCCGUGAUUCGCGCACGUAUCUCUACGUGCUCUUCUCGCUCUUGAUGAAUAUCCCCAAUGGAGGCAUCACCACCUUCGGUUCCCUCGUGAUCAGCUCUUUCGGCUUCUCCAGUCGCAUGUCCCUUUUACUCAAUAUGCCAAUGGGGCUUGUCGACAUUGUCUGCAAGUUGGGGUUGACAUAUCUCUCCGACAGAUUCCUGGAUCGCACCAUUUUUGCCAUCAUCGCCAUUCUCAUACCCAUGGUCGGCGGCAUCUUGAUGAUUGUCCUUCCCCUUCAUGCCAAAGCUGGUUUGUUGAUGGGUUACUACUUUAUCGGCGCUGCUGGAACCUCCUGGUGCUUGGUCAUGGUGAUGAUAUCCAACAAUACCCUGGGCUACACCAAGAAGGCCACAGUCAAUGGCCUCCAGAUACUGGCCUACGCCGCGGGAAACUGGAUUGGACCGCAGACCUUCCGCUCGAACCAAGCGCCCGAGUAUUUUGAUGGCAAGAUGAUGGUAGCCAUCAUGUACGCCCUUGCAGCGGCGACCCUACUGGCUAUUCGUCUGGUGAACAUUCUAGAGAAUAAGAGACGUGACCGACAGGCGCUUUCUAACCCCGACGACGGUGAGAGCGUUGUUGUUGGCACUGAGUUCCUUGAUUUGACGGAUUUCGAGCAACCGGCCUUCCGCUAUGUUCUGUAAUGGGUCUUGCACGGGCG